GCAUUUACUACUUUGAGGAAAAUGCGCGGGAAGAAAAGCUCAACCGAAAAUGUCCUCAUAUUAUGGGACAUGGUUUUAAGGAAGCGAUUUCUAAAUCGUUUACAGUGUGAGAUUUGAAGUACAUGGGAGGCGGACCCACAUUUAAUCAUGUGCUCCAACCCACCGAACCAAAAUAUCCCAACAUUUCACUCCUCAUUCCCAUCCUCCUAAGCCAGGAGUCCACUUGUAAUAGCCAGGAGACAUAAGAAAGCAGUAUAAAACAACUUGCACAGCUGUGAAGAUGUGGAUUAGCGAGUACAUUAACGCGCUCCAGCUGUUCUGCAGAGAUCGCUGGUGAGAAAUCGGACAUCAGCAUCAGCAGGAUGUCUCUAAUGUUCGGGAAAGCACGAACUUGCAAUAUCGUCACAGUUCCCGAGCACGAGCCCUCAGAGGUGAACAUUGUGAUUUUAGGAGCGAUGGGGUCUGGAAAGUCAGCACUUACUGUCAAAUUCCUCACCAAGCGCUUCAUCAGUGAAUAUGACCCAAACCUUGAAGACACUUACUCUUCUGAAGAAGUCGUGGACCAGCAGCCGGUUUUGGUGAAAGUGAUGGACACGGCGGAUCAGGAAGGACCGGUGAAUGGGGAGCGCUAUUUAGGCUGGGCCAACGCUUUCAUCAUCGUCUACAGCAUUGACAACAGGAGUAGCUUUGAGGUCUGUCAGCAGUAUUUAGAGACCGUGAGUCUUUACUCCAAAGGCCUGCAACCGGAAGCUCCUGUCAUCCUUCUAGGCAACAAAGUGGACAUGGAGAGAUACAGACAGGUGAGCAAGGCAGACGGUGCGGCUCUGGCUUUGCGCUUCGGCUGCCUUUUCUUUGAAGUCUCCGCCUGUUUGGACUUCCUGUCAGUUCAGCACAUCUUCCAUGAAGCGGUUCGGGAAGUGCGGCGAGAAACAGAGAGGAGCAUCCGUCCACUCUUCAUCAGCGAAGACAAGUCUGCCAUCAGCCUGAGCUCUGCUCCUCCACUCACCGCCUGCUAUAAAGAGCUGCCCACACCGGCGACUGCAAAGCUGGUGACUGUUAAAUCCUCCAGAGCUCAGAGCAAACGCAGAGCUCCGACGCUGACACUCCUCAAGGGCUUCAAGAUUUUCUGACGCCCUCUAGAGAAAUUGAAGAGCAUCUGCAAGAGGGAGCCCUGCUCCUAUUGUGCUGUUUUAAAGGAACACUAUUUUUGGCUCAUUUUGCAAGUACAGUUGAGAUUUACCGUUUUUGAAUCCAUUCAGCCGAACUUUGGGUCUGGUUGGAGAACUUUUAGCUUAGCUUAGCAUAAAUCAUUGAAUCAGAUUAGAUCAUUAGCAUCUCACUCAAAAAAAAAUGUAAAAAAAGAUUUUGAUAAUUUUUUUAUUAAAAGCUUGACCCUUCUGUAGUUAUAUCAUGUAUUAAGACAGACGGAAAAUGAAAAAGUUGCUAUUUCCUAGGUCAAUAUAGGACUAGGAACUAAACUCUCAUUCUGGCUUAACACAGCCAUAUUACCCUGAAGCCCAGGAAAAAAAACGGUUACCAGGGCUGAGCCUGGUCAGUACCUGGAUGGGAGACCACAUGGGAACACUAGGUUGCUGUUGGAAAUGGUGUUAGUGAGGCCAACAGGGGGCACUUAACCGGUGGACUGUUACCCCAGUAUAGUGAAGGGGACACUAUCAGUGAGCGCCGUCUUUCAGAUGAGAUGUUAAACCAUGGUCUGACUCUCUGUGGUCGUUAAAAAUCCCAUGGCACAUCUCGUAAAGAGCAGAGAUGUAACCCUGGUGUCCUGGCCAAAUUGCAGAACAGAAUGGUUUCUAGUCAGAUUACAACAAUGAUAAUUUUUUCCCUUAUUUUUUAGUGUAUCUAUUGUAAACUUAUAGUAAACUUACUAUCAAUGUGGGACUCUUAUUUUGAAAAUGGGAGAGGCGAGGAUGCGCAUUAUUUUUUAUACUUUGCUAAGCGAUGCAGAUAGAUGCCGAAUAUUUGUGUACAUUGAUAGACAAUGAAAACAAUGUUUCGAAUGUUUUAGUGCUUCAUGUCCAGUGUGCAUUAGAAUGCAAGAUGCAGGAUAUACAGAUUAUACAUUUAUUCAGUGCCACCCCUAAGAAGCAUAAUAAGGUCUGUUCUUUUUGUAUCUUUUUUUUUAGCUUAUGUAAAUCUGUGGUAAAAUCCCAUCUAAUUGGUCGGAUUUGAAUAUUGACAAAUUACGAAUGCACCACACAAAUGCAUGGCACAUAAAUUGAAUGUAAUUUAUUACACCUACUGUGGUACCGAUAUUGCAUACCGAUAUUAUAGCUAUAAUAACAUUUUUUUAUGAUAUAUUGUGCAGCCCUAAUGAAAAACUUAAAAAAAAGAUGUUUGUUCAAGGGAAUUUUGAUUUCUCAGAUCCUGACCUCUUUAAGCAUUUUUGAUUUUGUUUUGGAAGUGUUCUACAAGAGGUUUACAUCAAUUUGAGGUCCAAAUAAUGCAAUUAUUAUAUUAAAUAUCAUAAAAUCCACUGCA